CGCCGUACAUGUUGCCUGCCUGCUGAGGGCAGCGCUGUGAGUAGUUGCUGGGAGCUGUCCUGACAUCCCAUGUCUGAUCGCGGCGGCUCCGGACCCAGCUAGCCCCGCUCGCUCCGCUCGAUGCCUUCCUCAGUGCAUGGCUACCAGCCCCCGGCCCGGGCUACCGUCACACCGCCCGCCAUGUCCGCCGCCCGGCUCCCCGCGCUGGGCUGGCUCAUCGUAACUUUCUGGGUGCAGGUAUCCCAUUCUACGGGUUAUUUCGAGCUGCAGCUCAAGUCGCUGAAGAAUGUGAACGGCGAGCUGGCGAGUGGGGAUUGCUGCGACGACCUGAAGAGCGCCUACAACCAGGAUUGCAGCAAGGACCAGUGUGACACCUACCUGAGGGUCUGCCUCAAGGAGUUCCAGGCCAAGAUCACCCAAACGGGGCCCUGCAACUACGGUUCCGGAUCUACCUCGGUGCUCGGUGGGAAUACUUUUUAUUUGAACAACAAAUAUAACAAUAAUUACCCGGGAAAAAACAGCCCUGGCGACAGUGGCCGGAUCAUCAUCCCUUUCCAGUUUGCCUGGCCGAGAUCAUUUACACUGAUAUUGGAAGCUUGGGACUGGGAUAAUGAGACCAAACCUGGUGAUGAACUCUUGAUUGAUCGAGUGACUCAUGCUGGAGUGAUCAACCCGGAUGACCAGUGGACACCCCUACCUUUAAACGGACACGUAGCCCACUUUGACCUGAAGAUUAGAGUCCGAUGCGAUGAGAACUAUUAUGGCUCUAUGUGUAACAAAUUAUGUAGACCGAGGGAUGACUUUGUUGGACAUUACACUUGUGAUCAUAAUGGAAACAAGGCCUGCAUGGAAGGAUGGAUGGGGGAAGAGUGUAAGCAAGCUGUUUGCAAGCAAGGAUGUGAUUUACUGCAUGGGGGAUGCACCGUGCCAGGAGAAUGCAAGUGUCAUUAUGGCUGGCAAGGACAAUACUGCACCGAGUGCGUUCCGUAUCCUGGCUGUAUACAUGGCAGCUGUCGUGGGCCUUGGCAGUGUAACUGUGAGACCAACUGGGGUGGUCUGCUCUGCAACAAAGAUCUAAACUUCUGCGGAACACAUCGUCCAUGUUUAAAUGGUGGAACAUGCAUGAAUGCCGAGCCAGACAAAUAUCAUUGCAUUUGUCCAGAAGGCUACUUGGGAAAGAACUGUGAAAUUGCCGAGCAUGCAUGUGCUUCCAAUCCUUGUGCUAACGAUGGUGUCUGCCAUGAAGUCUCCUCUGGCUUUGAGUGUCAUUGUCCACCAGGUUGGACUGGACCAACUUGCGCAAUUGACAUUGAUGAAUGCGCAUCUAACCCUUGUGCACGUGGUGGGAUAUGUAAAGAUCUUAUCAAUGGCUUUGAGUGCAUUUGCCCCCCACAGUGGGUAGGAACUACAUGUCAGCUUGAUGCUAAUGAGUGUGAGGGGAAACCCUGUCUUAAUGCUUAUUCUUGCAGAAAUCUGAUUGGUGGAUAUUACUGUGACUGCAUUCCAGGAUGGGCGGGACUAAAUUGUCAUAUCAAUGUCAAUGAGUGCCACGGGCAAUGUCAAAAUAAGGGCAUAUGCAAGGUAAAACAGAAUGGAUAUCGCUGCUUCUGCCCUCGUGGUUUUGUUGGCAAGAACUGUGAGAGAGAAGUGAACGAGUGUUCCAGCAAUCCCUGUCUAAACGGAGGGGUCUGCAUUGACGAAAUCAAUAGGUUCCAUUGCAGUUGUCCCUCUGGAUAUGCCGGGGCCACGUGUGAGGUUGAUAUUGAUUUUUGUGAUCCUAACCCAUGUCAGAACAAGGCCCAAUGUUAUAAUAUUGGGGGCGAUUACUACUGCGCAUGCGCUGAUGACUACGAUGGGAAGAACUGCUCACAUCUUAAGGAUCAUUGUAAAGACAGCUCUUGCAAAGUUAUAGACAGCUGUACAAUAGCGAUUUCUUCUAAUGCCACCCAGGAAGGUAUCCGUUACAUCUCCUCUAAUGUUUGCGGGCCUCACGGACGGUGCAUUAGUUUACCAGGGGGGAAUUUCACCUGUUCUUGCGACAGAGGUUUCACUGGCGCAUAUUGCCAUGAGAACAUAAAUGACUGUCUCGGUAAUCCUUGUAAAAAUGGCGGGACGUGUACCGACGAAAUUGAUUCUUUCAAGUGCUUUUGUCCAAAUGGUUUUGGAGGAGAACUCUGUGACAUAAAUUACAAUGACUGUAAUCCUAACCCAUGUCAGAAUGAUGGAAGGUGCAUCGAUCUAGUAAAUGAUUUCGUCUGCGAAUGUCGAAAUGGGUGGAAAGGCAAAACUUGUCAUUCACGUGAAUACCAGUGUGAUUCGAACACCUGCAGUAAUGGAGGAACGUGUCAAGAUGCCGGGGACACGUUCCAAUGUCUUUGUCCAUCUGGGUGGGAAGGUGCCACGUGUAAUCUUGCAAAAAACAGCAGCUGUCUUCCCAACCCCUGUGCGAACGGCGGGACUUGUGUAGGCACUGCGGAUUCCUUUUCCUGCAUGUGUAAAGAAGGUUGGGAGGGCCGGACCUGCACACAGAAUACAAAUGACUGCAAUCCUUAUCCUUGCUACAAUGGUGGCAUUUGUGUCGAUGGAGUGAAUUGGUUUCGCUGUGAAUGUGCACCGGGAUUUGCUGGGCCUGACUGCAGAAUUAACAUCGAUGAAUGUCAGUCUUCCCCUUGUGCAUAUGGUGCAACAUGUAUUGAUGAAAUCAAUGGCUAUAGGUGUACGUGUCCUUCAGGAAGAGCUGGUCCAAGGUGUCAGGAAGUGAUUGGCUUUGGAAGGUCCUGCUGGCUGAAAGGAAUGCUGUUUCCACAUGGAAGCAAAUGGGAUGAAGAGUGUAAUAGCUGUAAUUGUUUGGAUGGUUUUGCAGAUUGCACCAAGACUUGGUGUGGCCAGAAGCCAUGUUUGCUCGGAAACGGCCAUGACGGUCAGUGUGCUCACGGUCAAGAAUGUGAACCAACUCUAUCAGGAGUUAAAUGCUUUCAGCCGCCGUGCAGUGAGUGGGGAGAGUGCAGUACGCCUGACAAACCUCCACCUGCGCUCUCAUGCCUGCCAAACUCUGGGUACCUGGACAACAACUGCGCUCGCUUAACCUUAAUCUUCAAUAAUGACAAGGUUCCCCAGGGAACUACAGUUGAAAAUAUCUGCUCAGAAAUUCGAUAUUUGCCAUCAGUCAAGACCAUAUCCAGAGAGAGACAGCUUGUAGUUUUGUGUGACACUUCUUACUCAGCAGAAAAAGCAAUUGAUGUUGCUAUAGCAUUUAUCUCCCAAACGGAUAAUCAAGAUCAUAGUCUUAUUCAAAAUGCUGCCAACACCAUUGUAAAUGCCAUUAGUAAACGACAGAACAGCACGCUCAUGUUGGCCAUCAGAGAGAUGAAGGUUGAAACUCUUGUUGUAGGAAGCUCCAAUUCAGAAUAUCUUGUUCCAGUUCUCUGUGCAGUGUUUAGUAUCGUGUGGAUUACCUGUAUCAUCAUCUGUGUUUGGUGGAUGAGGAAAAGGAGAAAAGAGAGAGAAAGAAGAGCUCAAGAAGUAGAAGCCAAUAACCAACGGGAGCCUUUAAAUCCCAUCAGGAACUUUGAAGUUCCAAACAAUAACAGAGACAUUCAGUAUGAAUGUAAAAGUUUUCUUUACAGUAAAAGAACUUCUAGUGAAGAGGAGGAGAAAGAGGAUGAACUGGAGGGCGAGGUGCUGGAAGACAAAUACACCUCCCAAUCAUGCUCAAAAACUUUCACAAUGAAAGGGGAUGUUGACUACUCAAAAUGUUCCCCUGUAAAGAAACCACAUCGGACAAGUCAUGACAAAGUGGAUAACAGAUGUGUUAAAAAUGUGAAUACAUCCCACUGAAGGAAGCGCACCCUAAUCUCUGUGCAGAGAGAGGACAUUGUGCCUGUGAGAAUCGAGAGAGAGACAGAAUUCAUCUCUGAUGCAUUCGCCCUUCUGCCGGUGGAGGGUCCGAUGGUGGUGGUUGCGUAGAGAAGCUAGCAAGACCCCCUUCCAGCAGCAGAAUGGUUUAGGACUAAAAAUCUGGAGUCUGUUAAUGUCUUUAUAUUGUGUAAGAAAUGUUAUAAUUUUCUAUUUGUUUGCAUAGUCUUUCUAUAAAUUAUUUGUGAACGACAAACGUCUUUGAUAGUUGCUAUUUUUAUAGUUUGCUUAGAAAAAAACUCUCUCUCUCCUUUUUUAAAAAAA